UUAAGAUCACACAGUGGCCGACAAAGCAGAUGCUCCUGGCGCAGCUGUGGACGUUUGGCCAUGCCAGCAGGUGGAUGGUGUGAGGCACCGGCAGGAUCUGGGACGCCCAAGAGAUGGGAGAAGGGUUUGAUGUCAUCUCCCACCGAGGCAGAUGUGCUGGAGUCUCCCUGGAGAGAGGAUCUUCACAGGUCCUGCCCCUUUAGCCUGCCUGAUAACCAGCCAUGAAAGCUCUGGGGGCUUGGAUGGUCCCCAAGAUCUGGUUGGGCUUCUCGUUUAGAAAGUAGUAUUCAUUAGGUACUCGAAAGCACAGAUGUGUGCACGCGAUUGAAACGAAGGUAAACCAAGGCACAAAGUUCCAAGCACAGUCAUUGCUGAUGCCAGGGGUGUCUCGACUCGACGUGUUCAGCCAGAGACCAUGAGAUGGGGCUUCCUGGCCUUCGUGUGGUUUGGGGAGCACAGGAGAGCAGAGAACAGGCCUCCCUUCAGUGUGCGCGGGUGGCGAGAUGUGGAGAGACUACGUACUGCUUUGAGGUGGCUCGUGGGGCACCUGGACCGGCCAUCACUGAAUACCUGAGUCAGAUGUAACAUCACUUUUGGUUUCCUCACGUCCUGAACUGAGAGGGGAAAGGGGCCUUUCCAGACGAGGAGACAGGCUCAGAGAGGGCCACCGGCCAACGAGGGAGCCGUGAGGCACUGUGACCCUUGCUGUGGAGUCAGGAGAGCUCAGCGUCCAUCGUGUGUGGCUCAGUGGGCUCGAUUUUCUCCGAGGGAGUGCUUUCUCAGGGCCGGGCCAUGUGGGAGGCAGAGUCCCUGUUCGUGAGAAGCACUGUUCUCUGGGAGAGACCCUGAAGAAUUGGAACUCCCAGCCCAGAGGAACCAGCGGAAGAAUGAGAAGAUGCAGUGGCCGGCUGUCCACACUCUUGGCCCAGUGUAGGUGCUUCAUCGCGCCCGGAAGAGCCUGGAGCAGGCAAGGCCAGGAACAGGACGUGCACAGAAUCCUGCAGGCUCUGAGUGAAUGUCUCAGGGCUCUCCCCAUGUGGCAGCUGCAGAGUGUCCGUGGCAUCGGCGUGUCGGGACAGAUGCAUGGGGUCAUGUUUUGGAAAAGCCACCAAGCUUGCUCCUGGACGGAGAAUGGCCCCCAUGGCAUCUUUGAGCCGCAGCAGGUCAGCCGUCUCAUUACCUGGCAGGAUGGCCGCUGUACCAACAGCUUCCUGGAGUCCCUCCCGCAGCCCGAGUCCCACCUCAGUGUGGCGACGGGUUUUGGCUCUGCCACCAUCUACUGGCUUUCGCGCCACAGCCCCGAGUUCCUGAAGCCAUAUAGUGCAGCAGGCACCAUACAAGACUAUGUGGUGGCCAUGCUGUGUGGCCUGCAGAGACCCCUCAUGUCUGAUCACAACGCAGCCAGCUGGGGAUACUUCAACACUGACAGCCGAAGCUGGAAUUCCCGCAUGGGAGAUGGUGGCCCAGGCAGCAGUGGGGAUGCCGCCUUGUUUUACAGUUUAGAAGAGUCUGGCUUUCCCACCCACCUGCUCCCAGAUGUGGCUGAGGCCGGUACCAUAGCAGGGUGGAGCGCCCACCAGUGGUUCGGCAUCCCCCAGGGGACUAGAGUCGGUGUGGCCCUGGGGGACCUUCAGUGUUCUGUGUAUUCCUGUAUGUCCCGGAGCACAGACGCAGUUCUCAACAUCAGCACCUCCGUGCAGCUGGCAGCCUCCAUGCCUCCAGGGUUCAAGCCUGCAAAAUGCCCUGAUCCUUCAGCCCCGGUAGCUUACUUUCCCUACUUCAACCGGACCUACCUGGGAGUCGCUGCGUCUCUCAAUGGCGGCAACGUGCUGGCCACGUUUGUCACCAUGCUGGCUCAGUGGAUGGCGGAUCUAGGAUUGGACGUUUUGGAGACUCUUAUUUAUUCCCAGAUGAUCCAGACAGCCCUGGCCCAGACAGACACCCCGCUCAUCAUUAAUCCGACUCUUUUGGGAGAGAGACACCUUCCCGAGGAGCAGGCAUCUGUGAGCAGCAUCUCUCCGUCGAAUCUGUCUCUUGGGCACGUGACCAGAGCUUUAUGCCGUGGCAUCGUUCAGAACAUCCACGCCAUGCUGCCAUCUCAGCAGCUGAAAGCAUGGGGUAUAGAGCGGGUGAUUGGUAGCGGCAGUGCCCUGUCCAGAAAUGAGGUGCUAAGGCAAGAAGCGGAGAAGGCCUUCCCCCUCCCCUUCUCCUAUGGCCAGGAUGUGGAUGCUGCAGCCGGUGCUGCCCUGGUGAUGCUGCAGGAAAGCGCCCGGGGGGACAGCUGAAGGGCACCGGAGGCCUUGCUUUUUCUAAUCAUUCUUGAUGAAUAACGGUGAUAAAAUCAAGCAUAAGGAUCUGGAUACCCAAGUGUUUUCAAUCUUCAACUAAUUAAUAGGGAAGCUGCUUGAAAGGCUUCCUAAGGCACUGCUCAGACCCUGCCUGAAGGUGAUACUCAUCCUGAACACCCAGUACCCCAAGACACACCAGUCAGCCAGAGGGUGGCUAGAAUGCCGUGAGGCUGGAAAUCAUGGCGGCUGAGGAAGAGCUGAAGCAAGUGGGGCCAUUUGGCCCGAAGAAGAGACUUGGAGUUGACAUGAUGGUUGCCCGCACUGGCUUUGCCUUGCUUGGGGCAGAGGAGCAGUGGAGUGGAGGGCUUGGCUUGAGUGGAAGGGCCUGGCUGCCCUCCAGGGUCCCCAGCAGCUUGCUGCUAAUUGAACUUGAUUUUAACGGUCAGGACCAAUGCUUUCAACAUUGAAUGCUGAGAUUUGGAGUAUGAGCAGAAUCAAAGUGUUACUUGGCCCUCAUUGCAGGGCUUGGCACGUAAAUGCUUCUUGAUUGUUUUAUGAACCUCUUUUUAUAAAAUGGAUUUGAUUCCUAUGGAAUAAUUGUCAUAAUGUUUUGUAUUAAUUAAAGGGCAAGGCUCUAGAAACUCGUGAAA